AUGGUUCAGCAGAAUCAAUUCGGAGGAGGACCGCAUGAUGACCCAGACCACCACUUGGAACUUUUCUACGAGAUCUGCGGCACCAUGAAAGUGAACGGAGUCCCUCCAAAAUCAGUAAGGUUAUUGCUCUUCGGAUUCUCCUUGAAAGAUAGAGCCAAGCAGUGGCUGAAUUCCCUUCCAGCAAACAGUAUUACAUCUUGGGAGCAAUUCAAGAGCAUGCUGAGACAGUGCCCCCAUCAUGGCCUUGAGAAAUGGUUGGUCCUGCACACCUUCUACAAUAGAAUCAAUUAUCACACGAAGGUAUCCAUCAAUUCUACAGCAGGAGGGGCACUGAUAAACAAGAGCCUUGAUGAAACUGAAGAGAUCAUAGAGAAUGUGCCACAGAAUCACCACCAGUGGGCAUCAGAAAGAUCUGGUGGUUCUUUUUCAGGGAACCCAAUAAAAGUGUUAGGGAAAUUCGACAUAGAUGCAGUCACUCUCAUGUCUGCAAAGCUGGAUGCUCUGACCAAGAAAUUUCAGGCCAUGGGAAACAACAACACAGCCAAUGUGAUAGUUUGUGUUUGCGAAACUUGCGGAAGUAUGAAUCAUGCUAAAGAUACUUGCCCCCUGGGGACAAUACAAGCACAGAUAUACCAACUUGAGCAGUGUAAUGCAAUAGUCAGCUACAACCAAAGGUAA